AUGGCCGAAGGACCGGACCCCCGUGACGCAGAGCUGAGAGACUUGAACCGGAAGUUCGAAGAGCUCAUGCGAAAAGUUGAGAACAAGGAGCAAAAGGAGCCCUGGAUGCAGAAGAGGCGUUUCUUGUUUGAUGAUGAUGAUGGUGCUCUCCCAGACUGGUACCGCUUCCCAGACCCUCUGAUCCCAAGCUGGCUGACUCACGAGUCUCCCUUGCAGCAGCCGGCGCAGCCCGAUCGUUUGGCCUCGGUGAUCGCGUCCCAUGAGUGGCCAGGCCGUGGUGGAUUCAACUGGUCAGUGUGCUUGCCCACUAAUGGGAAGAGCUGA